AUGGAUCGCAGCAACAAACCAUCCUCGAUUGGCGUCGGAGCCUCGAUUCCUCAGCCAAGUGUCAAUGUCAAUGAAAGUACUGUCGAAGCAAUCCUUCCCACGGGAGAGUCUGUUUCAGUGCAUCUGUAUGGAGCUACCGUCACUUCGUGGAAGCUCGCCACCGGAGAAGAGCAGCUUUUCGUCAGCUCCAAGGCGAUCUUGGAUGGAUCUAAAGCUAUCCGUGGGGGUAUCCCAGUUGUAUUCCCGGUAUUCGGUCCCCCGCCGCCGAACCAUGCGACUUCCAACCUGCCCCAGCACGGAUUCGCUCGAUCUCAGACCUGGGAGUUUCUCGGAAAAUCGUCCUCCGAAUCACUUGGGUCCAAGGGUGCCAAAGCAGACUCUGCAGUGAAGCUAGACUUUGGACUGUCUUCGAGCAUCAUCACCGAGGAUGCUCGCAAAGCGUGGCCAUAUGAAUUUGGACUCGUCUACAGCGUCAUCCUUAGUUCCGAGAGUUUAGAAACAUCUCUACAUGUGCAGAACAAAGGAUCUCAGCCGUUUGAUUUCCAUGUGCUGCUGCACAAUUAUUUCAAAGUUCCGGACGUCUCCAAAAUCAGAGUCAAGAACCUCCAGAACAAGACCUAUACAGACAAGGUGGAUAACAAGCAGGAAAAACAGGAAACUUCUGACGCGAUAGCCAUCACUGGCGAGACUGAUCGUGUCUAUGUGGAUGUUGACCCCACUGCUCCGGUCAGCGUUGUAGAGGACGACAAAACCCUCUUUUCAAUCACACGUGAAGGCCUCAACACCGUCACAGUUUGGAAUCCCUGGACGGAAAAGGCCAAGGGCAUGAGUGACUUUGGCGACGAGGAGUACAAGGGUAUGGUUUGCGUGGAGCCUGGCGCAGUCAAGAGCUGGCAGGUUCUGGAGGGAGGCGAUACUUGGGAGGGAAGCCAGACAAUCCGUCCCAGACUGUAA